ACGCCGCACCUGCCCGCCGCCGUGCCCGCACGGGACAGAAUACCUCUCUCUACCUGUCCGCGGUGCCGGCAGCACAGCAGACCGGGCGAGCAGCGGUAGAUCGCCGACCGAAACGGGGACAGAAGGUAUAUACAAGUACCUCAGGGGAGGAACAGCCCACAGACGAUGGACGACGACGAGUUUCGAGCCGCGGCCGGCGACGUGAUCGACUACAUCAUCGGCUACCAGCGGAGGAUCCGGGAGAGGGCGCCGCUGCCGGCCGUGACGCCCGGCUACCUGCGCCACCUGGUGCCCGCCGAGGCGCCCGAGCAGCCCGAAUCCUGGGCCGACGUGCUGGCAGACAUGGAGCGCGUCAUCCAGCCGGGCAUGACCCACUGGCACUCGCCACAGUUCCAUGCCUUCUGCCCGCUGGCCAACUCUCCGCCGGCGCUGCUGGCAGAGAUGCUGGCGCACGGCCUCAGCUGCGUGGGCCUCAACUGGGAGGCGGCGCCGGCCUGUCUUGAGCUCGAGAUGCUCGUGCUGGAGUGGGUGGCUAAGCUGCUGCAGCUGCCGGACGAGUUCAUGACGCGCACGGGGACCGGCGGCGGCGUCAUCACCGGCUCGGCCACCGAGGGCGUCCUGGUGACCGUCAUCGCCGCCCGGGAGCGCGCGCUGGCCCGCCUGCGCGCCGGCGACCCCGAGCUGGACGAGACAGUGGCGCGCGGCCGGCUGGUGGCGUUCACCUCGUGUCAGGCCAACCCGGCCAUCCAGCGGGCGGCGGCCACGGCCGAGGUGCGGCUGCGCGCGCUGCCGGCCGACUCCGAGUGCUCGUGGCGCGGCGACACGCUCCGGCAGGCGGUCGAGGAGGAGCUGGCCGCCGGGAACGUGCCCAUCUACGUGGUGGCCACGCUGGGCACCACGAGCACGUGCGCGUUCGACCGGCUGGACGAGCUGGGCGCCGUGUGCCGCCAGCACGAGAUGUGGCUGCACGUGGACGCGGCGUACGCGGGCGCGGCGCUCAUCUGUCCCGAGUACCGCCACCUGCUGCAGUGCGGCGUCCAGGACGUCACGUCGUUCAGCUUCAACGCCCACAAGUGGCUGCUGGUCAACUUUGACUGCGGCCUGCUGUGGGUGCGCGACGCCAGCCAGCUGGCCGAGGCCAACCGCAUCGACGCCCCGUACCUGGACACUGCCGAGACCACGCUGCCCAACUUCCGCAACUGGUCGCUGGCGCUGGGACGCCGGUUCCGCGCGCUGAAGCUGUGGUUCGUGCUGCGUCUGUACGGCGUCAGCGGGCUGCAGGAGUACAUCCGCGGCCACGUGCAGCUGGCGCGUCAGUUCGAGGAGCUGGUGCGUCGGGACGAGCGGUUCGAGCUGGCCGCGCCCGUCUCCAUGGGCGUCGUGUGUUUCCGGCUGCGCGGGGAGGGCAACGCGGCCACGGCCGAGCUGCUGCGGCGCGUGGGCGAGGCGCGGCGCGUCUACAUGGUAAAGACGGAGCUGCCGACCGGCCAGCUGGCCGCCCGGUUCGUGGUCGUGUCGCGCGUCACCACCGACCGCGACAUCGCCGUCUCCUGGGAGGAGAUCCGGCGGCACGCGGACGCAGCCCUCAGCGGCGCCGCCGCCGACUCGGACCGGCCGCCGGCCGUCCAGCCGACCGGACACGUGGAGACGUGCACGUGCACCACCAAACGCAACGGCUUCAUGACCGACAAGACCGUCUCCGAGCGCUGGAGGAUGCUCAUGCUCCUACACAAAGUCGGAUACAGGGGACACUGACUCACAGCGAGAACCCUACAAAAUCCAUAUAGGUACUAUACUACCAUGCAUUGUCACGAGCUGUACGAUCAAUGUCCUACCUACACUUGACCGUAGCCAAUCAUCGGGAAAGAGAGGCAAUGUAAGUACCUACGCUCAAUUUAUCAAUUGUUGUUGGUUGGCAAUGCAUAUGUAAUAAAUCUGCUAACAUUUUUCAAAUAAAUUUUCAUCCCCCAAUAAA